AUGCCACCCAAGAAGCGCAGCAUCGCUGUCAUCGACCUUGUCAGUAGCGAUGGCGAAGACUCAUCCGUCCAACGACCCAGCAAAAGGCCGGCUAGCCAUCGCUUGGGCCCCAGUCCAGCCAGCGGCAGGGUUUACGGAAAUACCCCAUCAAGCUCCCAGCCCCAUUUGAGCUCAGGUGCUCUUGCUCCUCGCUCUUCGACUCAGUCUAUUGACAACGAUGACGACCUUGUCGAUUUGACCCAAGCUCCGGAUGGCCCACCAAGAGAACUUUAUGGGAUUCUCGACAACAAGAUUGUCGGCGUUCGCUACUACAAUGGAUAUGCCUCUGCAGGCGAGGUGGUCUAUGAUCGCAAUGCCAUCCGAGUGUGUAACGUCAUGGGCGCCCAGAUCGGCCAUCUUCCACGCAAAGUAGUUGAAAAGCUAGCGCCAUACGUUGAUCGGGAUGAGAUCGCAAUAGAAGCUAUUCUUACAGGGGAGAAGGGCAUGUUUGACUGCCCCAUUCGUCUACAGCUCUAUGGUUCGAGCAACCCAGUCGACCGCUCGGCGUUGGAGGACAAGCUAAAGAAGGACAAACUGCUCAAGGCUAGAGAACUUAAGCAGACGAGAGCCGAGGCAGAAGCGCAGAGAAAGAUGCUAGGCAUCAAGGGCAGCCAGUCUACAAUUGGUUUGAACCCUGCUGAGCCAGAGGUGUCUCUGGAGGACCUGGCCCAAGCCAGUCAGGCAAUUUCGAGCCGUCCACGCGGUGAUGCCGUCAAGUCGCUCGUAAUGGACGAGGACUUCUUGUCCAAAAUGCCGAUGGCAGAGCAGCCCGCCGUUCUUGAGUCGACAUUACUGCCAUACCAAUUACAGGGUCUGGCGUGGAUGAUGUCGAAAGAGAACCCCCAGAUGCCUCCUAAGGGCUCUCAGGAGAGUGUUCAACUGUGGAAAUGGCAUCCGAACGGCCGUAACUUGUACCACAAUAUGGCCACGAACUUCGUGGUACAGAGUGCACCCAAGCUCCUUUCGGGUGGCAUACUAGCGGAUGACAUGGGUCUUGGUAAGACUUUACAACUCAUCAGCUUGAUCUUGACUGGAGGGGGCGGUCCGACGCUCAUCGUUGCUCCGUUGAGCGUCAUGAGCAACUGGGAUCAACAGAUCCGCAAGCAUGUCAAAAAGGAGCAUCUGCCCAAGAUCUUUACCUAUCAUGGAAAUAACAAGGCCACCAAGAAUGAGUUGGCCAAGUAUCAAGUUGUCAUCACCAGCUACAACAAGCUUGCCCAGGAGGGAGGCCAGGAAAAGGCCAUCGCACCUUUACCACCCCUUGUCGCCACAAAUUGGACUCGCGUUGUACUUGACGAAGGUCACACGAUCCGAAACGCAAAGACCAAGGCUGCCAUAGCUUGUCGAAAGCUUAACGCUAAAUCCAGAUGGGUCCUGACCGGAACUCCAAUCAUCAAUAAUAUCAAGGACUUCCAGUCCUUGCUUCAGUUUCUUGGAAUAAAUGGUGGCGUCGAGCAACCUGCCAUUUUCACCAGCGUGAUCGCACGGCCCCUUGCCCAAGGGAACGAGACGGCAGAGGCUCUCCUACAGCUAUUAAUGCGAGAUCUCUGCCUGCGACGCAAGAAAGACAUGAAAUUCGUUGACUUGAAGCUUCCGCCCAAGACGGAAUAUGUCCACCGCAUUGCCUUCAGGCCAGACGAGAAAAACAAGUACGAAGCAUUGCUGUCCGAAGCACAAAUUGCGCUUGAAAAGUACCAAAACAACACGGGCGGGAAGGGCCAGUUUCAAAGUGUACUGGAGCGCCUUCUCCGCCUUCGUCAGGUAUGCAACCACUGGACGCUCUGCCGCAAAAGAAUCUCCGAUCUUCUUGAGGCCCUCGAAGGCCAAUCUGUCGUUAUUCUCAACUCGGAAAACACCAAGAUCCUCCAAGAGGCGCUUCGUCUUUUUGUUGAAACCCAGGAAGACUGUGCCGUUUGCCUCGAUACUCUGAGCGGCCCUGUCAUCACUCAUUGCAAGCAUGUCUUCUGUCGCGGCUGUAUUUCAAAGGUCAUUCAGACGCAGGGCAAGUGUCCCAUGUGCCGUAACAAGCUCGAUGAAGACGCGCUUCUGGAGCCCGCCCCGGAGGGCGGCGAAGAGGAAGAUGAGAACUUUGAUGCCGACGCGAAGAGUUCCAAGACCGAGGCUCUCCUCAAGAUUCUACAGGCUACAACCAAAAAUCCCGACUCCAAGGUCAUCAUCUUCUCGCAAUGGACUUCGUUCUUGACUAUUAUUCAGAACCAACUCGUGGAGGCCGGCUACAAGUUCACCCGCAUCGACGGCUCCAUGACGGCGCCGAAACGAGACGCCGCCAUUCAUGCCCUGGACAACGACCCGGAGACGCGCGUGAUGCUCGCGAGUUUGGCCGUCUGCAGCGUCGGUCUCAAUCUAGUGUCGGCGGAUACGGUGAUUCUUGCAGACAGCUGGUGGGCGCCGGCCAUUGAGGACCAGGCAGUGGAUCGUGUGCACCGCCUGGGUCAGAAGAGACCUACAACUGUGUGGCGUCUUGUUAUGGAGGGGACUGUUGAGGAGCGCGUGCUGGAUAUUCAGCUGGAGAAGCGGACGCUGGUCGGCAAGGCGUUCCAAGAGAAGAAUAAGGGGAAGAAGACUCAGGAGACCCGCAUGGCGGAUCUGAAGAAGCUGCUUGGUUGA